CCGCCGCCGCCGCCGUUUCCCCCCGACGACUGGGUGAUGCUGGACAUGGGAGAUAGGAAAGAGGUGAAAAUGAUCCCCAAGUCCUCGUUCAGCAUCAACAGCCUGGUGCCAGAGGCGGUCCAGAACGACAACCACCACGCGAGCCACGGCCACCACAACAGCCACCACCCCCAGCACCACCACCACCACCACCACCACCACCACCACCCGCCGCCGCCCGCCCCGCAACCGCCGCCGCCGCCGCCACAGCAGCAACCGCCGCCGCCGCCGCCCCCUGCACGGGGCGCCCCGGCCGCCGACGACGACAAGGGCCCCCAGCAGCUGCUGCUCCCGCCGCCGCCGCCGCCGCCGCCCCCGGCCGCCGCGCUGGACGGGGCCAAAGCGGACGGGCUGGGCGGCAAGGGCGAGCCGGGCGGCGGGCCCGGGGAGCUGGCGCCCGUCGGGCCGGACGAGAAAGAGAAGGGCGCCGGCGCCGGGGGGGAGGAGAAGAAGGGGGCGGGCGAGGGCGGCAAGGACGGGGAGGGGGGCAAGGAGGGCGAGAAGAAGAACGGCAAGUACGAGAAGCCGCCGUUCAGCUACAACGCGCUCAUCAUGAUGGCCAUCCGGCAGAGCCCCGAGAAGCGGCUCACGCUCAAUGGCAUCUACGAGUUUAUCAUGAAGAACUUCCCUUACUACCGCGAGAACAAGCAGGGCUGGCAGAACUCCAUUCGCCACAACCUGUCCCUCAACAAGUGCUUCGUGAAGGUGCCGCGCCACUAUGACGACCCGGGCAAGGGCAACUACUGGAUGCUGGACCCCUCGAGCGACGACGUGUUCAUCGGCGGCACCACGGGCAAGCUGCGGCGCCGCUCCACCACGUCGCGGGCCAAGCUGGCCUUCAAGCGCGGGGCGCGCCUCACCUCCACCGGCCUCACCUUCAUGGACCGCGCCGGCUCCCUCUACUGGCCCAUGUCGCCCUUCCUGUCCCUGCACCACCCCCGCGCCAGCAGCACUUUGAGUUACAACGGCACCACGUCGGCCUACCCCAGCCACCCCAUGCCCUACAGCUCCGUGUUGACUCAGAACUCGCUGGGUAACAACCACUCCUUCUCCACAGCCAACGGCCUGAGCGUGGACCGUCUGGUCAACGGGGAAAUCCCGUACGCCACGCACCACCUCACGGCCGCCGCGCUCGCCGCCUCGGUGCCCUGCGGCCUGUCGGUGCCCUGCUCCGGGACCUACUCCCUCAACCCCUGCUCGGUCAACCUGCUCGCGGGCCAGACCAGUUACUUUUUCCCCCACGUCCCGCACCCGUCAAUGACUUCGCAGAGCAGCACGUCCAUGAGCGCCCGGGCCGCGUCCUCGUCCACGUCUCCGCAGGCCCCCUCGACCCUGCCCUGUGAGUCUUUAAGACCCUCUUUGCCAAGUUUCACGACGGGACUGUCCGGGGGACUGUCUGAUUAUUUCACACAUCAAAAUCAGGGGUCUUCUUCCAACCCUUUAAUACAUUAACAUCCCUGGGACCAGACUGUAAGUGAACGUUUUACACACAUUUGCAUUGUAAAUGAUAAUUACAAAAUAAGUCCAGGUAUUUUUUAUUAAGCCCCCCCCCCGCAUUUCUGUACGUUUGUUCAGUCUUAGGGUUGUUUAUUAUUCUAACAAGGUGUGGAGUGUCAGCGAGGUGCAAUGUGGGGAGAAUACAUUGUAGAAUAUAAGGUUUGGAAGUCAAAAUUAUAGUAGAAUGUGUAUCUAAAUAGUGACUGCUUUGCCAUUUCAUUCAAACCUGACAAGUCUGUCCUUAAGAGCCGCCAGAUUUCCAUGUGUGCAGUAUUAUAAAUUAUCAUGGAUCUUUAUGGUGGAUGCAGACAUUGAGAACAACCUAAAUUAUGGGGAGAGUUUAAAAAUGUUAAACUGUAAUUUGUAUUUAAGAAGCAUUCGUAGUAAAGGUACCCAAGAAAUUAUUUUGGCCAUUUAUUGUUUUGUUUUUUCUUUAAAAAAAACUUUUUUUUCUUUUGUUUACUUUUAGACCAAAGAUUGGGUUCUAGAAAAUGCACUUGGUAUACUAAGUAUUAAAAAAAAAAAAGAAAAAAAAAAGAAAGUUGUUUCAGUUGGCAGCACUGCCUAUUCAAAUGAAUCAGAGAAUCGGAAGGGGACAAAAUUAAUGAUUGCCUUCAGUUUGUGUUGUGUAUAUUUUGAUGUAUGUGGUCACUAACAGGUCACUUUUAUUUUUUCUAAAUGUAGUGAAAUGUUAAUACCUAUUGUACUUAUAGGUAAACCUUGCAAAUAUGUAACCUGUGUUGCGCAGAUGCCGCAUAAAUUUGAGUGAUUGUUAAUGUUGUCUUAAAAUUUCUUGAUUGUGAUACUGUGGUCAUAUGCCCGUGUUUGUCACUUACAAAAAUGUUUACUAUGAACACACAGAAAUAAAAAAAUAGGCUAAAUUCAUA